AUGGCUGGUCAGCUGCGCUUCGACGGCCAAGUCGUUGUCGUCACGGGUGCCGGCGGCGGCUUGGGCAAGGCCUAUGCCACCUUCUUCGGCUCCCGCGGCGCCAGCGUCGUCGUCAAUGACCUCGGAGGCUCUUUCAAGGGCGAGGGCACCUCAACAAAGGCUGCUGAUGUCGUUGUCAACGAGAUCAAGGCUGCCGGCGGCAAAGCCGUGGCUAACUACGAUUCGGUCGAGAACGGCGAUAAGAUCAUCGAGACGGCAAUUCAAAACUUCGGCCGCAUCGACGUACUGAUUAACAACGCUGGUAUUCUGCGGGACAUUAGCUUCAAGAACAUGAAGGAUGAAGACUGGGACCUGAUUAUGAAGGUCCACGUUAGGGGCUCAUACAAGUGCGCUCGCGCAGCAUGGCCCCAUUUCAGGAAGCAAAAGUACGGCCGUGUCAUCAACACCGCGUCAGCCGCCGGUCUCUUCGGCAGCUUCGGCCAAUGCAACUAUUCAGCUGCUAAACUCGCCAUGGUUGGCUUUACUGAAACACUGGCCAAGGAGGGUGCCAAGUACAACAUCCUGUCCAAUGUCAUUGCACCAAUCGGUAAGCGCAACGUGUGGCAAGCGGAGCGAGGGCCGGGGUUCAUAUGA